AUGUUGUCUGUUCGUGGAAAAGGCGUGUCAGAAGGAGUUGCUCAGCACUGCGAUAAAGCUUUCUGUGCGAAAGACCUUCCCAAAAAUCAUGUCGAGAACGGCUUGGCAUGCGAGCGGAGGAGGAAGACAAAGAGGAAGCCAAAGCCUACAGAGGCUGAUACUGCGCACUGGGCGGAUGAACUUCGCCGUAAACCAGUUUAUCGUGAUCUUAUAGACUGUCUUGUGAAGGACAAGCUAGAGUGA